AUGUCCGACGACAACAUCAGCGAGAAGCAUGACACCUCUACGACAGAAAUGCUUCGUCGUUAUCAAACCGCCGACAGUGUCAUGCUUCCUAUACCACGAGACGUUUUUGAAAAGUUAUACCUCAGCCCCAAGACACCAAAUUCUGGAAAGCUACGUUCCACAUUUGGAAAUCCUACGCCGAUCUCAUUGAUGGGUUUCUUGUUGGCUGCGACGCCGACAGCAAUGAUCACUAUGGGCUGGAGAGGAGCUGGCGGAAACGGCGCUGCUAUUUUACCGGUAUAUAUCUUCUUCGGUGCCAUGGUACAAAUAUUCGGAGCGAUCGGCGAAUGGAUCUUAGGGAAUACAUUUUCCUGUGCAUUGUUCUUUACAUAUGGCACUUUCUGGCUCGUUCAGGGCACAUCUCUGAUGCCAUUCUUUGCCGUUGGCACAAUGUACUCACCUGAGGGCAACACGCUAAAAGGCAUGGAGACGGCUGCAUACAGUGCCACCGUUGGCUUCUAUUAUGUCACGCUCACGCUCCUCACCUUCGUAUACAUGAUUUGCUCCCUCCGCACCAACAUCUGCCUCUUCCUCGCGCUCUUUCUCCUCGUGAUUACAUUCGGGUUGUUUGCAGGCACAUAUUUCCAGACGGCACUGGGAAACCUGGUACUGGCAGCCAAAUUACAAAAGGCGGCGGGUGCGUUCAAUUUCGCACUCUGCAUUCCGAUCUGGCAUAUUUUCAUUGCGCAGAUGCUCGAUGCGGUCGAUUUCCCCAUCGCACUCCCAGUGGGUGAUCUAAGUACAGUCAUCUUUGGAAAGAACCAAAAGGCCCGGAAGCGUGAGGUUGAGGGCUAG